CUUUUCCUCUGGACAGGUUUUGAUAAAUCUCCCCCAUUGUCCCUUGGGGGAUCAGAAAAUUUCGGACUGGCUCUGAGUGCUCUGUGGGAGCGUCCAAUUGAGAUGUCCUCUGCAUAGAAACUACCAAGGAUUUAGAUGAAUAUUUAAUUUUCACUGGACACCAGUGACUCCACAAGAUAUCAAGGAAGGACACCAAGUGUGAGGAGCCUUCAUCUAGACUAAAGGAAGAGGAGCAAAAAUGUGGCUUUCUGCUCUGCGCUUAUCAACCCUUCUUGUAUUCAAUGUGGUCCUGAGUCAGGUUACUGAUUCGUUGGACGAUCUAUCAAUACACAAUCCUGUGUUGCAGAAAAAAUUCUUUAACCAAUUCAGUCAAUACGGAAAAAGUGUUCUGUCAACUUCAGGAAAUAUGACAGAAAUGUCAUGGAACAACGAAGCGGCAAAUAAUGCUGAAAAGUGGGCCAAACAAUGUAAAUUCAGCCACAGUGAAAAAGAGGAUAGAGUCAUCGGAGGCUACAAUUGCGAGGAAAACAUUAUCUCAUCUCCAGAUGUAGAAAACUGGGACGAUUGGGAAGAACUAGAAACUACUGAACAUUUCUCUCAGAAAUUAUGGGCCUCCAUAACCAUGGUUGGAUGUGCUAUGUCUAGUUGUCCUAAUGAGAAGAGACAAAAUUACAUGCUUGUGUGCCACUUCUGCCCAGUAUAAGCCUUGUUCACACACAAGACCAAACACAGCGAAUACAAUGAGGUCACAGAGUGUUGUAACAAGGAUAUAAAGGAGGGAUGCGCAGCCUCAUGACCUGCAAAACUGAAAUUACAUCAAAUCUGCCGAGUCUUUACUUUCACAUUCAAAUCCUGAGGAAGAUUAAGAAAAAAAUCUGUUAAACAUUUUUUUUCUUUUUUUUAAGUGAAUAAAAAGAAAGCAAU